AUGGAAAAUAAUCUUGUACCUUUGGCUUCCCCAAGGCAAAGUGAGAAUACAAGCGACAUUGCAGACGAAAGCUCGGAAGGACAGUUUUUCGUAGUCGGGAAGAAGCUCCUCUUCUCCACGUCUUCCAUUUCAAUCUCCCCUGAAGAUCUAACGUCCUUGGACGUGGAGGUGACGGCUGUGGAGGAAGCUAAGACGGUGAUGAUGAAUGAGAAAGAGGGCGAGUCGGACUCGCAGUGGAAAGGGUUCCUUAAGAAGCUUAAGAAGGGCCCGGGGGCCCACUUCCACCCGACCAUACCCCACUUGCUGUCGAUAAGGAAACUUUCGAGGAAAAGAACCACACGCAAUACACAGAGCCUCCCGGCCCUGCCACCUCACAUCGAGGCCGACCUAUAUUAUUGCUUCGAGACCUCAUGGAAGAACUUCAUGCUCUCUGAUCUCGAGGAGGCUACCCAAAACUUUAGCCAUGAAAAUCUGAUAGGCGAGGGGGGCUAUUCUGAAGUGUACAAGGGCCAUCUGGAAGACGGGCAGCUGAUAGCCGUCAAACGGCUAAUUAGAGGAACUCCUGAGGAGAUGACGGCCGAUUACCUAUCAGAGCUCGGGAUUUUGGUGCACGUCAACCAUCCUAACAUAGCUGGAAUCAUUGGCUAUGGAGUCGAAGGCGGGAUGCAUUUAGUCCUUCCUCUCUCCCCCAACGGGAGCCUAUCGUCAUUGCUAAAAGGUUGUAAGAGGGAAAAACUGAUAUGGAGGCUAAGGUACAAUAUUGCCCUGGGCAUUGCCUCCGGCCUAUCGUACCUUCACGAGGGCUGCCAGCGGAGGAUCAUUCACCGGGAUAUCAAGUCUGCUAAUAUUUUGCUCACCGAAGAUUUCGAGCCUCAGAUUUCGGAUUUUGGGCUUGCGAAAUGGCUUCCUGAUCAGUGGACUCACCUUAAUGUUUCGCAGUUUGAAGGCACAUUCGGAUAUCUUCCUCCCGAGUUUUUCAUGAAUGGCACGGUGGACGAGAAGACUGAUGUCUACGCGUUCGGAGUGUUGUUGUUGGAGCUCAUUAGUGGCCGUCCGGCAAUAGACGAGUCGCAUAAUAGUGUCGUGAUGUGGGCCAAACCUCUGUUAGCCAGCAAGAAUAUUACAGAUAUAGUUGAUCCAUUGCUCGAUGGAAUUUACGACUUGGAUCAGGUGAAUCGUAUGGUCACGGUUGCUUCCUCGUGUAUUACUCCAAGUUCGACAGAUAGGCCUCAAAUGAGUCAGGUUUUGUUGAUGUUAAAAGGAGACGAUAGCGUGUCUCAGAACAAGAAGAAGUUCCAAAAAAGGCCGGGACUCAGAAGGACGUACCCUUUGGAGUUGAUCGACGAAGAAGAAUGCAACUCAAACAAAUCUCCAUUACACGAUAGAAACCACAAAAUCAACAAUAUCGCGUUCGAUCAAGAUAGCCGUUGUCAAAACGGUGGGGACGAUCCUUACUUGCAAAACACGGCAUGA